GAACUGAAGGAGGCAAUCGCUGACAUUCCACAAAACACACCUAACGAGUCUGAAGAAUUGAUUCGAAAGUUAUAUGGUCAAAUAUUGAAUUUAAAAAAAGAAGAGGUAAAAGAACAACUCCUGGAUGAUCUGAAAGCUGUCGCAUCCCGAGGUCUGCAAGAAGAGCUUAAAAAGUUGAUUCAGCGUCAAGGUUUACAGCGGGAAGCAAUUCAUCUUGUGGUGAAUUUCCUAACCAAUAUCCCAGAGCUUGCAGAAUACCUAAAUGAAAACUCCAGCCAACCAGAAGUGCUACGUGACGCUGGUUUGGAGAUGAUAAAUACAAGACUUGGACCAUAUCUUGAAGUAGUGGGCGGACUCAGAGCUAAAGGUAUCGAUGUUUCAAAGGGAUGGGUGAAAACCCUUUGCGAAAGAGCUCCUUCCUUCCAGGAACUUACAAGACUGAGUUUGCAAGACCUAGAAAAAUGUUGCCAAGGAGCUAAUGAAGGAGAAAUUUAUGAGAUUCACCGACUGGUAGAAAAGGCUGAAUCACAGAAAAACCGGCUCGCAGCUAUCCCACAAGACGAGAAACUCAUUCAGGAAAAUAAAAAUGCAAAAGCUUUGGACAAAGAGAAGCUAGAAAAAGCUAAGAAACUGUUGAAUGAGGCCAAAGUUAUGGGAACUCAUGUAUUUCAGUCAUCAGAAAGAGUCGUUGAUAGAAAAGUAACGGAGAUCGUGAACACCCUUGAGCUUCCGGCGGAUUGGUUUAGGCCAGAUGAAGAAAUAUCAUAUAUUCAAUUAUUUGAGCAACUGGAUCAAAUCAUUGCAGAGCACCAAAAUGUUGUGGAAUCCGCAGACUCGUACAAGAGUGAAGUGGAAAUCGUCACCAGGGCCAGCUCUGGAAAAGCCCUUUGUGCGAUUUAUCAUUCCGAAUACAAACCACCAAAGCCAGCGGGAAGACCAUUGCUUCUAGUACCAACAAAUGUCAACUUAACUAAUCCUAGCAGUGCUCAGGAGAUAAACUAUUUGAAAUUCUCUGCAAAGGGGACAGCUGCGGAAUACGUGCGAACAGUGGAGUCGUCUAGCACGAAUAUUGGCAUGGGCGUAGCUGGUUUCUAUGGCCUGUUCGACGGAAAGGUGCAAAGAGGACAUCGCAAUGAGCGAAGUAGCCAAGCAGACAAGUCCGCAAAAUUAUCGACCACCAGUGCAUCCGUCCUGCAGUACAUUCACACCGCCAAGAAAACAUUCCAACUCGAGCGUGACCAAAUCAACAUUUCCUUUCCAGCCAGAAAAGCGGCUAAGAUGAUAACCCAGGAUGCGAAAGACGAUGCAUCAAAGCGUGAAAAAUCAGCUCGUAUCUUCAUGGAACGAUACGGAAGCCAUUUUCCUGCUGGUGUUCAGACUCUUGGCGGCGUGUUUUUCAGCAUUGCUGAUGCCGAAAGUAAAAGCGCCAUGGAUACAUACGAGCUGACAGAGGCCGCCGUGAAUCAUCUGAAUGCUCAAAUGUCUUUCGGCUUCCGCGGUGGAGCGUUCGGUAUUGGAGCAAGUGGUACUGGUGAGCGCACCAGUAGUACAGGAAAAACUCACGCCAAACACAAAACCAGCCACAAUGAAAUAUUCACCUUUUCGGUGAAGUCCAUGGGUCCGCUAGCAACAAACCCGUCUACUUUUCACAAAUUACUUUUACACAACUCCACCUGGGCGUUGAUUGAUCGAGGCAGUUUCGAAGGCUAUAUACCAGUUUGGGAGUUAAUCAGAGAUCUUGGAAAGGAGUUCGAGGAGGCAGCGGUAGUCCUGGAAGAGACGUGGCGCAAAGACGAAAACGCCAGGAAGAAAGAGUGGAAGGAUUUGCAGAGAGAGAAAAAGGCAGAAGAAGAGUUAAAGAGAAUUAAGGAGGAACAUCUUAAAUGGGUGAGUCAAGCUCAG